AAAAUGAAAAAUACCCUAUCUGUUAAAUUAUUUCAACUGCUUUAUUGUGAAAAUCUACUGGUUGAAAAUUGUAUUUCCGAGUUAGAACUUUACUCGUCACUGAUUGGUUAGAAAGCAGGAAGUUAUCGAACGUAACAAAGUUAGCUUGACUGGGUAGCUCAACCUACCCAACCCAUAAAAAUACCGUGUUACGGAGUCUCUAACAGUCUAUUCAUGGGACUCUUCGUAAUGACAAUACGUCGGCGGGUUUUUAGUUUAAUUUGUAGGGCCGAGGUUUGCUGUACAGAAUGUAAUUAGCCUGUAAUAAAGUGAACAGACAGCUAGCAACUGGAGCUAAAUCAGCUAACAGCGAUAUAUUAUGUCUUUCUGGGGUAAUUGUUUAAAAAGGUUAAAUGUUUCAGUGCUAUGAUAUGAGUCCACACCCUGAGACUGACAUUGGGGGGACAGUUGUCUUUAGAUACCUACUCUAACCUUGAAGUUUAGCUGAGGAGUGAAAUAUUGGUGAAGACAAGAGAAAAAGCAGAACUUCUUACUGAUUUAUAAAUCUUUGCUCUCAGCUCUCCUACGUUUUCUCAUAUAACUAAUUUGAUCAGAUGCUGAGUUCUUGCUGAUUGCAGCUUCAGAGAACAGAAAAGGAAAACUCUACAAAAAAUAAAGAUUACAUGCUUUAUGGCUGAAACCUUCACCUACUGGAAGAUGUAAAGGUUGCAAACAGGGAUUAAGAAAAAGAGCUUCCCUUUGGAUGGAGGAUGUCUGAGAUGAUGAAGGUGGAAGUGGAGAACCCCAGAGGGCGAAGCUUGGGCCCUCCCAUCCCUGCGGGAUCUACAUCAGAACUGGAGCAGACACAAGGCAGCAAAGAUCUCAUCCAGACGGUGGUAAUUAAAGAAGAAUUUGUCCGAGACUGGAGCUCCAGCUCUGAACAGCAAGACCACGAGCCCUUUGAUAUAAAGGAGGAGGAGGAGGAACUGUGGAUCAGCCAAGAGGAUGUGAAGAUAGAAGAUGAAAAAAAAUCUCAGUUUUUUGAACCUGAUCAAACUGACACUGGAGACGGCAGAGAAGCUGAAGCUCCAACCAGCAGCUCUGCAGAACAGCUGGAAACAGAAGCUAAUGGAGAGCAGUGUAGAGGACCAGAUGCAGACUGGACCCCAGAUUCCUUUUAUUCCUUUCAGCAAAGUGACAUGACGGCACAUAGACGAGAUAAAAUGUCUAAGCUGUGUUCUGGCCUCAUGGCUCAGGUUGAAGUCCAUGAAGGAGAAAAGCCAUAUGCUUGCGUUUUUUGUGGAACACGAUUCAAACAUAAAACAUCAGUUAAAUUACACAUGAUGACUCACACGGGAAUUAGAGAACAUUGCUGUGAUCUCUGUGGGAAAGGAUUUAAGGAAAAACGUUUUCUUCAGACGCAUAUGAGACUGCACACUGGAGAGAAGCCAUUUGCCUGCCAUGUUUGUGACAGAAGGUUUCAUGCAAGAAAAUUUCUUAAAACCCAUCUUGUCGUCCAUUCUGAGGAAAAACCUUUUUCCUGUGAUGUUUGUGGUACUAGAUUUAAGAUAAAGGAAUGCCUUAAAAAGCACAUGAGGAUCCACACAACGGAUAGACCGUUUGUUUGUGAUGUUUGCAAUAAAAGGUUUUCCCUACAAGAGACUCUAAAAAGUCACAUGCGUGUUCACACGGGAGAGAAACCAUUUAUCUGUAGUGUUUGCAGCAAAGGUUUUUCACGAAAAGAGAGCCUUAAGGGUCACAUGCGUGUACAUACUGGGGAGAAACCGUUUAUUUGUAGCGUUUGUAAUAAAGGAUUUUCACGACUAGUGUAUCUGAGAAAACAUGUUAUGGUUCACACCGCACCAUUCAGCUGCAGUGAAUGUAGUAAACUUUUUGUCGAUGAGAUUCAGUUAAAGCGGCAUGUUAGAUUUCACACAGAAGAGAGGCCGUUUGGUUGCGACAUCUGCAAAAGCAGAUUUAACCAAAAGCGCCAUCUUGAGAAUCACAUGAAAGGCCAUUCGGGAGAAAAACCGUUUGUUUGUAUUGUUUGCAGCAAAGCGUUUUCGCAGCAAGUCUCACUGAACAGACACAUGCGUGUUCACACUAAAGAGAAACCGUUUGCUUGUAAUGUUUGCAGUAAAGCAUUUUCUCAGCAAGGAAAUUUGAAGAGGCACAUGAGUGUUCAUGAGGGCUGCGAGUGAUUAUUUAUGCGUUGCUGAAUCAGAUGUUUGACAAAUCAUUUCUCUGUGCAAACCAUCUCUCUUUUCACUACUAAUAUAUACCUGACACAAAGCCCUCCACCCUAAAAUGUAUUUCCCUGGGAUGUCUUUAUAUGUGUCUAGAAAUGUCCACAACAAAUGUAAAAAUUAUCAAACAUGAAUUGAAAUAUUCUUUCAAAAUAAAGAUAAAACCUAUAUUACAGCUCAUACCUUGUAAGAAAACUAAUGUUAAAAUUACAAUUUCUUUAAAUUAUUUUGGAGCAUGAAGAGAUCUUUGAUACCAAUUUGCAUUUGUAAUAAAAUUGCAGUUUAGAACCAUGGAAUUUUUAAAUCGCAGAGUCCUUCAGUUUAGGUUACGUUAUAUUUUUAUUCCAGUUUAAGUGGUGGUAUAAUAUAUGUGUUCUAAAUAAACUGAAAUUAUUGAAUUAAAUUGCAUAGCUACCCUUAAACAUUAAUUUAUUAUGUGUUGGUGGAAGUUCUACUUCACUAGGGACCGUUCAUAUUGGAACAAUUCUUUUAAUUAUACUAUCCCAUGCUUUAUGGUAGGGUUGAAGGAACCUUUGACACUGUAAAUACAAAAGAAAUUUUGCCUAUUUAGAGUUUCUUAAUUGUAAUAUUUUGUAUAUAUAAAUUAUUAUUUUUUUGCCCAGACCCUUAGUGCUUAUUAUUAUGAUGAAAAGGCCUAUAUUUACCUGUGAAGGUAAGAACAAGUGUUCAUUGUAUAUAAAUAAAAGUAAGGUACGUUACCUGACUUAUUGGUGGUAUUUCAUUCAGAUGAACACAUCCUUACAGAACCAUCCUCUAUAAAUUAGAGGUUUUUUUUUUUGAUAAAUAUAAAUUAAACUGUACUGGUUGUAACUCUAAAGUGUGCCUGAGUUCUUUUAUAAAUCUGAUCAUUUAAGCAAGUUGUGUCUCUUCUCUUUAUGGCUUUGAAAUUGUUAAAAGCUUCAGUAUGUGAUCCUCUAAAGGUUUUAAUUUAAGGAUUUUUAACUUUGUCUGUUGUUUAUAUGUAUACCUCUCUGUUUAGUCUCGUUAUUGUUAACUGUUGAUUUUUGGAAAAAAUGUUUGACACUUUAACACCACAUUGUGCCAUGGUCAAAAUGAAAAAAUUGUUAUUUUUGCGUAUUUUUUUAUUUUUAUGUCAUCUAUACUAAAAUGUGUUGCGCUGUAUUGGUCAAGGAGUGAAAAUGUGGUGAAACUCAUAUAAUAAAUAUGUAUGCAAUCCAUGUUA